AUGUCUAAAAGCAAAACAUCAUCUAUUAAAAAAGAGUUUUCAAAUUACAUUUAUGAUGACGAACACUUUUCACUAAUUAGAGCACUUCAUUUAGCAGAUUUUAUCACAGAGCUAAAUGGAUUUUGUGGUAUUAUGAGUAUAUUUUCAUCUAUGAAAUAUUGUCUUGGAGACCCAUUGGAUACUACAUGGCUUUGGAAAUCUAUAACAUUGAUGCCAUUGGGAUUAUGUUUUGAUUUUUUGGACGGAAGAGUAGCUAGAUGGAAAAAAAAAAGCUCUCUUAUGGGAAAGGAACUUGAUAGUUUAGCAGAUUUGGUAUCUUUUGGUGUUGCUCCUUCGGCAUUUGCAUUUGCCCUAGGUGUACGUACACUUAUUGACACUAUAGUUCUCUCUUUUUUUGUACUUUGCGGAAUUUCUAGAUUGGCUAGAUUUAAUAUUUCUGUUGAUUCAUUACCAAAAGACAAACAUGGGAAAUUAAAAUAUUUUGAAGGCACUCCAAUUCCAAGUUCAUUAUCAAUAGUAGCUAUGAUGGCAUGGUGCGUCAGAUCAGGUUGGAUUCUUGAAAAACUUCCUUUAGGUGUAAUAUAUGAAAACUCUUUUUUUGAGUUUCAUCCAAUAGUUAUUAUUUUUGCAUUAAGUGGCUGUGCCAUGUGCAGCAAAACUUUAAAAGUACCUAAAAUAUAA